UCCCAACCAGACAGAGCUAGUACUAGCAGUAGCACUGCGCCGCAGCAAUGGUGGCUUCCCCGGCCGCAUAAAUCUCACCGCUCGCGCUUCUUGGCGUGUUCCUCGGCUCGCCUGGGCUUCCCUUCCCUCUCCACCCUUCACGCGGGUUCGGGCGUGUGCGCGGCGCCGCCGUGGGCAUGGCGACGGAGGAGUGGGCACUACCCGAUGAGGAGGACGCCGCCUACGACUACGAGUUCGAGUUCGACCUCGAGAACCCCUUCACCAGCCCCGCCGACGAGCCGAUCGCCAGUCUCCUGGACGCCGAGGCCCACCACGCGCCCUCCGUCUCCGCCGCGGCCUCCGCCGCCCGCCGGGACGCCGUCGCCUUCAUCUCCAAGGUGCGAUUCAGCGGCGAGCUCGCCGUGCACCCGCGCGUCGCCUACCUCGCGCUCAACUACGUGGAUCGCUUCCUCUCCAAGCGGCAAUUGGCGUGCGAGCAGCAGCCGUGGCCGCGGCUGCUCGCCCUCAGCUGCCUCUCCCUCGCCGCCAAGAUGCAGCGCGUCGCAACAUUCUCCAUCGACCACAUCCAGAGGGAUGAGGACUUCAUGUUCGACGCGGCGACCGUCCGUCGCAUGGAGCGCUGGGUGCUGGGCGCGCUUGAGUGGCGCGCGCGCUCCGUCACGCCGUUCGCCUUCCUCAGCUUCUUCCUCUCCGUGUGCUACCCGCCGCCCCAGCAUCCCCCGCAGGUGGCCGCCAUCAAGGCGCGCGCCGUCGACCUCCUCCUCCGCGCCCAGCCCGAGGUGAAGAUGGCGGAGUUCUCGCCCUCCGUGGUCGCAGCGUCGGCGCUGCUGGCCGCCGCCCGAGAGGUCGCCGCCGCGAACCUCCCCGCGUUCCAAGCCGGCGUGGCCGCCUGUCCCUUUGUAAAUAGCGAGAAGCUGCGGGAGUGCGGUGAGGUGCUGGCGGCGGCGUGCGGCGUCGGGCCGGGGCGGGCCGCUGCGAGCGCGGACACGCCGGUGACGGUGCUCGGUCACCACCGCAGCGCCAGCUCCGCCUCGGAGAGCGACUGGACCAUCGGAUCGGCGACCAACGGCGGCGGCGGCGCGAAGAAACGCUGUAUGGGCCCACCAUCGCAGUGGGGGUAGGCGGCUGACCGAGUCAAGCGGGCAUUGUCGCAGCUGGAUCGAUGAGUCGGAGAUUUACUGCGGACCUGCUCCUUUCCAUUUUUUUACCCUUUUUCUUUUUUUUUCAAUUCUUUCCUUCUACUUUAAUCCUCUCGAGGUAAAGUGACGGGGAUGGAGAAUUGGUGGGAGUGGUGGUGGUGGUGGCUAGUAUUUCCUUUUUCCUAGCAAGUCUUUUUUUCGAGCCUAGUUAUGGUAAUUUUUGCGGCGGUGCUCAAGAAGGUGAGGCUGGUGGAUGAACAUAUUGGGAUGGAAGAGGGGGGAAAUGAUGUGAAAUGGCAGAAAAUAAAAACCGAAAAGGGUGGCAUGUUGCUUUGUCACCUCUUAUAUCGAUCUGGUCCCUUCUGCGUCUGCUUUCUUAU